GAGAAAGUCUGAAGAGAAGCAAAAAUCACUGGAUGUAUUCAGAGGCAGAGAGACACCUGACACCAAAGUCUAAGUCCUCUGCCUGCCUGGGAAAUCUUGGGGACAGAUCUCCUGAUCUAACACCGAUGAGUUCUAGUGACGAAGAAAGCUCCUGCUUAGAACAUGUUGAGGAACCUCCUGGAGUCGGAGGUAAAGGCUCGAAGGGGCAGCUCUACUUCAUGGAUCAGGAAACCAGCAACAAAGAUUUUCUGACUGAAGAUGAUAUUUAUUGCUGCUGCCUCUCCAAGACCCUGCUGCACACCUCUACGCCCGUGACCAUCGGCUUCUACUGUCCCGUUGGGAGCCGUUUUAAUUCGCUGCUUGAUAAAAUAACAGCCUGCAUGCUCAAAGAAUCCAUUCAGAGAGAAGAAGAGGAGCUGAGAAAAUCACACCAAAAGCCAAGAAGACCUGAAGGUUGGGGCUAUUUUCUUCUCCUGUGGUAUCUGCUCUUCUACCAGCCAGUGAUCACUGAAGUCCACCUUAGGAGGGAGAACAUUCAGUUCCUCUUCAUCAGGUUUAGUGCUUGGCAAUAUGCUGGCAGCGAUAAGCUGUGGGCGGGGCUGGUCACCACGCUGUGUCAAAGCAUCCGCAAGCACUUCGGUGCCCUGCCUUUGAGCUUUUACCAUGUGAUGGGGAAAAGGCCCAGAUUUGCCUCUGGCUUUAGCCAAGACGAAUGGCUUCUCAACAAAAGGACCUGCCUUUCCUUAGGAGGCCUCGUGUUUGUCCUAGUGGCUGGUGUAAGCCUGCUCUCAGUGGCGAUCUUUGUUCCAGGAAUAAAAGACAGCAGUGCGUUAAAGGUCAUUGGCAGUGCUACCACCGGCCUGUCUGGAUCAGGAAUAUUAGUGACUGUUUUCUCUGUGGUUAAGAACAUGGUUAUCAGCCAGAAGCAGAAAAUUGAGAAGAUGACAGACAGCGAGAAGUUUAGCAGUCACCUUGGCUUCAUGAGUGAAGUGAAGAAGGAGAUCGAGAUGCUGACCAGCUUUGUGUAUUACAUGGAGAUCUAUCAGAGACGGCGGCUACGCAUAGUGCUGGAGAUCACCAGUUUGGAUAUGUGCUACCCAGAGAGGGUCGUUGGGGUUUUGAAUGCAAUAAACACUUUGCUCUCGGACACUAACGCCCCAUUCAUUUUCAUCCUGGUGAUAGAUCCCAGCAUCAUUGCACCGUGUUUGGAACAAACCAGCUGCAUGAAAGGAAUGGCCGAUAAUGGGUACCUGUUCCUGAACCGAACAGUGACUUUGCCUUUUUCAAUACCAGAGAUGGGCACAAAGUCCAAACUGCAGCAUUUGCAGGAUGCUGUCCAGAGCCGGGAGGACCUGAUGUACAAAAUCAUCACAAAAAACAUGGAAAGAGGAGUCAGGAACGUAAAGGGGAAAAUGAUAAAGCUGGUAGAUAUGGAGACGUCCAGUGAAAUGGACCAAAGCCAAAUCGAUGCCCAAGCUGUGAGGUAUAUUCAUGAAGCAUUUCAUGCUCUGCACAAUCACACUGAUUGUCUCUAUAAAUACAUCCCAGACAGCAUUAUUCAAAUGAAAAGGAUAGUCAACACAAUUCCCAUCACCAUCAGACUCAUGCUGCAACAGAACAUUAUGAGACAUACAAUGUCUCCAAGGUCCGUGGCUGCAUGGGUGGUCCUGGCUAAUCAAUGGCCAUGCCGCCUGAGUUGGGUGUUGCAGUGCCUGGAGGACAGGCAGCAGAUUCGACCAACGGAGGAAUUCAGGAACCAGUCCUUAUGGGGAAUCUUCGUGGAAAACUGUAAAGAGCUGUAUUCCAUGCACAAAGUCCUCCAGAAUAUCCUGGCCUUGGAUGGGGACCCUGAACUCUUUCAGAAUUUUUUGUCUAAUGAUUUUCCUUUCACAGUACAGGAGGCCAACACCUUUCUAAAGUCCACAAUCAAUCUGGACCAUUCAAUAAGGCAUAAAUUGGGACUAAUACGAGGAGUUAAUUCACUGAAUAAGGCAAAUGAUACAAGCGUAACUAAGUCUUCAGUUAAGACUGUCCAGGUGUCUACGGGUGUGCAGUGUUCUGGUAUUGAGGAGUGCAGUUAA